GGUAUGCAAAAUGGUGUCACGCCAUCGCCACUUUUUGUGAGACCAUAAGAUAGGCUAAUAUAACUUGAGAGUGGAGGACUCGUGCUUAGUUUUGAAGAACUAUCCCCACUUGUAUACCAGAAAAUGUCUUUAGAGCGAGGCGUAUUUAUAAUAGGAGCAGCCCGCACUCCAUUGGGGUCGCUGAACGGCUCUCUGUCCAGUCUCUCAGCACAUCAACUGGGUAGUACUGCCAUCACUGCUGCUCUGAAGAGAGCUAAAGUAUUACCAGAGAAGGUUUCUGAAGUGUUGGUUGGUCAAAUACUAACAGCUGCCCAAGGACAGAAUCCGGCAAGACAAGCUGCCAUGUUGUCUGGAAUACCGAAAGAAGUACCGUCAACCAGUAUAAACAUGUUGUGUGGAUCAGGUUUACGGACAGUUGCGAUGGGCUACCAGAGUAUACUAGUAGGAGAUGCUGACAUUGUUGUAGCAGCUGGUCAAGAAAGUAUGAGCCAAGCACCUCAUGCUGUUCAUUUAAGAUCAGGCGUCAAGUUUGGUGAUGCCAGUCUCACUGAUACAAUGAUGAAGGACGGGCUAACUGAUGCUUUCCAUCAUUACCACAUGGGGCAAACGGCGGAGAACGUUGCUAAGCAAUACAGUAUCAGCCGAGAAGAACAAGACAGGUUUGCCGUCUCCUCACAAAACAAGACUGAGGAGUCACAGAAAAAUGGAGUCUUUAAAGACGAGAUUGUUCCAGUUGAAAUAAAAACAAGAAAGGGACCAGUGACAGUAGAUACUGAUGAGUUCCCACGUCAGGGUACAACCAUUGAAGGACUUGCUAAACUCAAGCCAGCCUUUGUUAAAGACGGUAGUGGUACAGUGACAGCUGGUAAUGCUUCAGGUAUAAAUGAUGGUGCUGCAGCCGUGGUACUAGCCUCCAAGGAAGCAAUUGAUGGAUUGAGUUGUUCGUUACCAUUGGCACGCAUUGUCUCAUGGGCACAGUGUGGGGUUGAUCCUCAGAUAAUGGGAAUGGGUCCAGUGCCAGCCGUCAGUAAAGCAUUGCAAAAGGCAGGAUGGAAUAAAGAUGACGUCGAUCUCUUUGAACUAAACGAGGCAUUCGCCGCUCAAUCGCUUGCAGUCGUAAAAGAGUUAAAUAUUGAUGAGAAAAAAGUGAAUGUAGGAGGAGGAGCGAUAGCAUUGGGACAUCCCAUUGGUGCCUCAGGGUGCCGUAUACUAGUCACUCUAUUGUAUGCACUCAAGAGAGUGGGUGGGAAAAGAGGCGUGGCUUCAUUAUGCGUGGGUGGAGGGAUGGGGAUAGCCCUGUGCAUAGAAAUGUGUUAAUUAACUUUGCUAUGACUCCAUUAUUUUUAAAUGCAAUAUUAUUUCUAGUACAAUAAUAAAUAUCUUAUUUUUUGUAAUGAAACAUUUCUCAGCCUCUGUAGUGAGCAGUAUCAAAA